AUGGUGCUCAGACGCUGCAACUUUGUGUUUAACCGAGACUUUGUCAGAAUACUGGGGGCGGACUCCCCAGCCGCUCUGAGCGCAGUGCGGAGGGAGAGGGAGAGAAAAUACACUUUGACAGGGGAGUCACUGGAGGUCAUUCAGAACCACAGGGUCGCCCAAAGCGGGCUACGGACUGAUUGCUGUGUAACUUUCUUUCAGAUCGUGUCUGCUGUGCAGUACUGUCACCAGAGGAACAUUGUCCACCGGGAUCUAAAGGCGGAGAACCUCCUAUUGGAUGGUGACUGCAACAUAAAAAUCGCUGAUUUCGGCUUCAGCAAUGAGUUCCAGUUUGGGAACAAGUUGGACACUUUCUGUGGGAGCCCCCCAUACGCUGCUCCCGAACUCUUCCAGGGUAAGAAGUACGACGGGCCCGAGGUGGACAUCUGGAGUCUCGGGGUCAUCCUGUACACACUGGUCAGCGGCUCGCUGCCCUUCGAUGGCCAGAAUCUGAAGGAGCUGAGGGAGCGAGUCUUGAGGGGGAAAUAUCGUGUGCCCUUUUACAUGUCGACGGACUGUGAAAACAUCCUGAAACGCUUCCUGGUCCUCAACCCAGCCAAGCGAGGAACUCUGGAGCAAAUCAUGAAGGACAAGUGGAUAAACGUUGGGUGUGACGGGGAGGAACUUCGACCAUACGUGGAGCCAGAGCAAGACCUGGGGGACAACAAACGCAUAGAAGUGAUGAUCGGAAUGGGAUACACGAGGGAAGAGAUUAAAGAGGCUCUGACCAGGCACAUGUACAACGACGUUACUGGCACGUACCUCCUGUUGGGCAGGAACAAAAGCGAGAUGGAUGGCAGUGACUCCCGUUCAGGCAGCAGCCUCUCGUUGGCCAAGGUGCGGCCUAGCAAUGAGCUGAACACCAGCACCGUGAGCCAGACCUCGACGCACAGCAGGAGCCAACGCAGUUCGUCUACCUAUCACCGGCAGCGCCGACACAGCGACUUCAGUGGACCAGCCGCCCUCCCCUCUCACACCAAGCGAAGCCAGACGAGUGCGGCAGCGGCAGCGGCGGUGGAUGGCGAGCUGAAGGAGGAGCGCACUCCGUCGAGGAAGGGGACAUCCAGCGGCAGGGCCGGAGUCCCCCCGUCCAGCCCCAUGGUCAGCAAUGCCAACAACCCCAACAAGGCCGAGAUCCCCGAUCGCAGGAAGGUGACCGGCCCCGCCAACGGAAAGGAACGUCGCGUUCUCCGCUGUGAACCCGUGGAGUAA